AAGCUGCAACUUGGUGAUCCACUUGCUGUACUGAUCUCUUCCUUUUCUUCUUGUAAAAACUCCAAGCUCUGCCCUAACAAAUCCUUCAAAUUAUUCCAAGUGGAUCUGUUUAUCUAUGCAAAUAUGAUUUGGAACCCUCUCCUAUAUAUUCAACCUCUACCCCUGCCCUACGCGUUUUUGUUUAACAUGAGCUCUAACCCAAACUCACAUUCAUCCACUUAGCCGCCAUGCCUUCCUCACUGAAGCUCCAUCCACCGCUCGCCGCCACUAUUGGCACCUGCAACCAGAAACAAAAUCAACCCAUCACAACCAGUACCGCACUGACUAGGUUUUUCCCUCUUCCUUGCGGGAUCUCGUUGCCUGACACGGUGGCGACGUACCAUGUCCACACCCUGGGACCUAACCAGUGUGGUUCAGCAGUUGUUCAAGCCAUCGAAGCCCCUAUCGAAACCGUUUGGUCAGUGGUUCGUCGUUUUGAUAACCCUCAAGCUUACAAGCAAUUCCUCAAGAGCUGCCACAUCAUCGUCGGGGAUGGCAACGUGGGUACCCUCCGUGAGGUACACGUGGUGUCCGGCCUCCCAGCGGCAUCCAGCGUGGAGAAGCUUGAGAUCCUUGACGAUGAACGUCAUGUGCUUAGCUUUAGCGUGGUUGGAGGUGAUCAUCGGUUGACCAAUUACAGGUCUGUCACAACCCUACACCAUUCUCCCAAGGGUAACGGGACACUUGUCGUUGAAUCAUUCGUCGUAGAUAUACCAGUCGGAAACAGUAGAGAAGAUACGUGCAUUUUUGUGGAUACCAUUGUACGUUGCAACCUUCAAUCUUUGGCUCGAAUGGCAGAAAAUAUGGCAAGAACAGAAUAAUCAUCAUCAUCAUCCCCAUAAUUUAUAAAAAGAAAAAAUCUAAUUCUCUUUGAUUUUUUUCCUUUGUUUUCUUUCUUUUUUUGCGAUAUGAAGUAUCUAUCUCGUUCAUUUCUUUACCAUUUUCUUUUUUGUGUAUAUUAUUGCUUUUCCUUCAUUUCUCUCUAUGUAAUUAUGAAUGCGUUUGUUCUUCUAUUUUAGAUGUGUUUCAAUGGAGAAGCUAGGUUACAUCCUUAUCCUUA